CGAGCUGCGAGAGAGUAAGUCGGAGGAGAGAAAGAGUGGGUCUACAUUGCCUUCCGUAAGCCUGCCUGCCAUUAGUCCUCAGUUGGGCUUUUGGAGAGGCACACAUUGGUCCGUGUUCGCAAGCUUCGUCCGACUCGGUCAAUUCAACAGAAAGCGCGAAAAUGGCGCCGAGGAACGCGAUGGACACGAGCAAGUGGCCGACAAUCCCUGAGAUGUACAAGGGUCGGUCCAUCUUCAUCACCGGUGGAUCUGGUUUCAUGGGCAAGGUGCUCGUGGAAAAGCUGCUCUACUCUUGCCCUGAUGUCGGCAAGAUUUACCUGCUGCUCCGAACGAAACGCGGACUUUCCGAAGAUGCAAGAAUCACCGAAAUGCUGAAGUUGCCUGUAUUUGAGCGCAUCCGCAACGAGCGGCCUGGUGCCGCUUCCAAAGUCGUGGCCAUUCCUGGUGACCUUUCCGCUGAAGAUCUUGGAAUCAGCGCCGAGAACCGCGCCCUGCUGCAGAGGGAGGUGUCCAUCGUGUUCCACAGCGCCGCCACCCUUAAGUUGGAGGCUCCUCUCAAGGACGCCAUCGUCCAGAAUACGGCGGGCACUGCCAAAAUGAUAGAACUCGCCAAAGGAAUGAAGAAGCUCGAGGCUUUCAUUCACUUGUCCACGGCAUUCUGCCACGUGGACCAUCUGGUGCUGGAAGAAGAAACCAACGAUUCGCCGUAUGAGCCGGAGGAUUUGAUGAAAUCGGUCACAUGGAUGAAUGAUGAAAUGCUCGCUGAACUUGAAAAGAAAGUUUUGGCGCCGCACCCUAACACGUACACCUUUUCGAAAAGAUUAGCCGAAACGCUGGUGAAGAGGGCAGAACGCGAAAUUCCUGCUGCCAUUUGCAGACCUUCAAUCGUUGUACCCUCCCUGAACGAGCCCAAGCCUGGCUGGGUGGACAGUUUGAACGGCCCCGUCGGCAUCUUGGUGGCCGCGGGCAAGGGUGUCCUCAGGUCCAUGAACUGCAACCCUGAAUACCAUGCCGAAGUCAUUCCUGUUGAUAUCGCCAUCAACUCUCUGAUUUCUGCCUCCUGGAAGCGAGUAAAUGACAAGGUCAACAAGGACAAGCUGCAAGUGUAUAACAUCACGACGGGCAAACUGAAUCCUAUCACCUGGGGAGAGGUGGUUAACAGGGGUCGCAAGCAUUUCUACGAAAACCCCUUCGAGGGGGCAGUUUGGUUCCCGGAUGGCGAUAUCCGCAGCAACAAGUACCACCACGCGCUCAUUGUUUACCUCUUUCAUUGGAUCCCAGCUAUUCUCAUCGAUUGUCUGCUCUUCAUUUUCGGACAGAAGCGAUUUAUGAUUCGUCUGCAGAAGAGAAUCUCGUUUGGACUGCACUUGCUGCACUUCUUCACCACGCGCGAAUGGAUCUUCGAGAACGACAACUUUGCAGCAUUGAAUACGGAAAUGUGCCCAAAAGAUCGGGAAACUUUCUUCCAAGACCCUCGGAACGUCGAUCAGGACGAAUACCUUAAAUCCAUCAUUGUCGGCGCUCGUCAGUAUUGCAUGAAAGAAGAUUUGUCAACGCUGCCAGCGGCAAGGAGACACGUCAAUAGGCUUUGGUGGGUCCAGAAAAUUUUCUGGGGCAUUAUUUACUUCUACCUAGCAUACUGGGUCAUCUCGUGGAACGACUCUGCGAAGACAUUUGUCGACUCGGGCUUUGAUGGAGUCAAGUCGGUCAUCACCGGGGCCGUCACUUUGGUCGUUGGCGGCAAAAAUUGAUCAACAAAGUAGCUCUAAAUUGUGCUUGCUCAACGCCAUCCUUCAAUUCCAUCAAAAUGUAUUUCAAACCGUUCAGAUCGAAGAGUCAAAACAGAGUGUUUCAGGGCAUAUGCUUAAUUAGUCAAAAAAUUAGUAAUUGUUGCUUUUUUAAUCGGAGGGGGCUUGAAAAGUCCGCAAUGAAGAUUUUGCCACCUUUUAAAGGUGUUGAACCAAUACGAAUCACUUAAACCGUUAAGAAUUUAGCAGUUCAAUUUAGUCAUAAGUUGUCUGAUCGGAAUUUUUAGGAGAUGUAUUGAUAGAUAUAUUUUUAUACUAUUUGAAAUGAGUGUAUUUCACAAUGUAGACGGAACAUAAUUCGUUACUUUUUGAUCGGGUGAUCUGUCUCCAGACUGGAUACUUUCUAUCUUGCCAUUCUUUGACUUCACUAUAUUUGCUCUUCACACAAGAGGAGAAAAAUCCCACUUGAAUUUAUAGCUAUGACUAAGAGAUGUACUUGCCAAAAUUGACAUGCUGAAUCUUGCCUUCUUCAAUGUUUCUUCAUUUUCAUCAAGCUCAAAACCAGCUAAAAUAAGUUGAAACUAAUCAAGCAUAUACCAACGUUUUAUUUGUCUUUUGUGUGCUAGUUGCGAUGAAAUUAAAACUAUUACUCUGAAAUGGUCGUUUCUCUUUUCCUACUACUACGAUUUAAAUUAAUUUUUAUCAAGAACGUUAAAUGAAAAAUGUGCCAGGCUGAGCUAGAUUCAUAAAAUACAAUUUAUUUUGGUAAAAUUAAAACAGGCGAUUCUCCCCUCUGUCGUGGGAGCGCCCGCCAUCAGUCAAUCGGCAAUUAACUUCGGCUAAUUGAGUGAUUGCGUGGCGCGGUGGAGGCACCCCAAAGUCAUCACUGAUCGGUGUAGAGUAAAUUAAUCAUCAUAUCACUAUAUGCAACGUCGACGUGCACUUCUUGUUUUAAACUUAAAACGGGGCAUCCGGCAGUGGACGCCUGUGCAGGAAUAGAUAAAUGUCAAGCGUGGUUAUAUGUACUUGAAUUAAACGACACAAUGUUCUAAUUAACCGUGGAGAGAUAAAGAGAGUGAGAGAGAGGAAAAUAAGUGUUUGCAUAGUAUACGCUUAAUACGAAGAGAGAGA